AUCGUAGCCAUGGAAAUUGGAACGGAGAUCAGCCGCAAAAUUCGGGUGUGUUACAUGGGCAUUUAUAGUAUUUAUUAUAGGCAAAGAUAACUCAGCAGGCGGGUCACCUUAAGAGCAAGUGUCAGUUCUGCGCGACAGACUUCUGAAGCUCCCCUGUAAUAAGCAAAUGACAGCCAUUAAAGGAAAGCUGCAGGAGCUUGGAGCCUAUGUUGAUGAAGAACUACCUGAUUAUAUCAUGGUGAUGGUUGCCAAUAAGAAAAGUCAGAAGCAGAUGACGGAUGACCUGUCAUUAUUCCUUGGAAGCAACACAACCAGAUUCACAACUUGGCUGCAGGGAGUACUGGAUAAACUGCGCUCUGUCACUCCAGAGUCCAACAGCAUGAAGACUUCAGAUGCUAUUAUAUUUGAAAGCAGCAUGCCAUCACUUAAAAGUCUAUCCAACAGCAGGGAUGAUUUGGCGAAAGAUGUUCCAACUCUCACAGUCUCCAGCACAAGACAUGGAAGAUAUGAUUCAUCCACCAGCUCACACGUGCAAGCAACAGGUAGCAGUGGCUCUGUGGCACGCCUGACUUCUGCUGUGAAGCCACUUCGGGAGUUCUCACCUUCUGAAGCAGUCAUUGACAUUAAACUUGACCUUGAUGACCCUUUUAAUGAGGACCUUAGUUUAGCCACUGAAAUUGCUAAUCUAUCAAGAAAGAGAACUGCACUGUCUGCUAGUUAUAGGACUUUGCGGCCUACUGCAGAAGUGUAUAGACCUCCAGGGAUCGGGCAACAUGCAUACCAUACAAAUGAAAACAACUCCAGCUUGCACAGAUUUCCUCAGAGCAGCUUUGUUUCUGGAAGAUCGCUUAAGUUACAAAGCAGCAUGACUGUUGGAUCUUCAAGAAUACAGGAUGUGAGUGACUUGUCUGAGACCUACAAGACUGCUUUCCGCUUGGCAUCUGAAAAAUCACUCAGAGAGGAAGAAACGUCACGAAAAAGGAGACUGCCUGUGGCUAGCUCAGUAGUGAAAGUGAAAAAACUUAUCACUGAUGAAGAAGAGGUAGAGGAGGAGGGGGAAGAGGAUGAAGAGGGUACAGACUGUAUAUUUCGAACAGCUGGUAUUUCUAGCAGUGUGUCUGUACCAGCCAAGCCUGAACGAAGACCAUCACUUCCUCCCACCAAGCAAGCUAACAAGAAUUUAAUUCUUAAAGCUAUAUCUGAAGCCCAAGAUUGUAUUUCCAAAACAACAAAUUAUUCUACAGCUGCACCCCAAAAGCAAACCGUACCAGUGAUUCCAAGAUCACGUCUGCUUCCGGAGGAGGAGCAGCUAAUGUUGUUGCAAAAUAGAUCAUCUCUACUUAACUACCCUUCACAUUUGCAAGAGCUCCAACAUCAGGCAAUGCCAGAACCUCUGCACAAGUUGGAUCUACUCUCCAGGCUGCAGCCAAAUCUAGAGGAAGAAAUAGAACUGCCAAAUCCAGUGAACUCAGAGGAAGCAGAAAUUCUGAGACCACUGGAUAGCAGAUCCUUUAUUUUGAAAAGGCCUAAACUAUCUAAGGAACCAUCUCCACAAAUCCAGAACAAUUCUGUCUCUCCUCCUUGCCCAGCUCAGCCUCUGCCAGGGCGCAUGAUUCAGCCAAGGGAAGCACCGACAUAUGAGAAACCUGCAAGCCCCAAGUUUAUUGUGACUCUAGAUGGGGUGCCCAGUCCACCUGGUUAUAUCUCGGACCAGGAAGUAGAUGAGUCAAUGUGUUAUACUGAGCAAGGAGAAACUUGUGUAGAACAACUCGGUGUUGUUGCAAGGCCUGAGCAGAACUAUCCAAUGCAGCUUGUUACUGAGCCUCUAUGCACCAAUGAUGUAGUGAUGGAAAAUACAAGUAGUGGUACCAAGGAGAAAAUUAGAGAGCGCUGCAAAUAUUGGCCUGCCUGUAAAAAUGCUGACAGCUGUGCAUAUCAUCAUCCAACAUCUCCAUGCAAAUCCUUUCCUAACUGCCGGUUUGCAGACAAAUGUUUCUUCAUUCACCCAAACUGUAAAUAUGAUGCAAAGUGUAAAAAAGCAGACUGCCCCUUCACGCACGCCAGCAAACGGUUUCCAGUGCCACCAGUAAAACCAGUUUCCACCACCUCCUCUUCACAUCCUUCCUCCCAGCCAUGCCGGUACUUCCCUGCUUGCAAGAAAACAGACUGCUCUUUCUACCACCCAAAGCACUGCCGUUUUAAUACCCAGUGCACACGACCCGACUGUAAGUUCUACCAUCCUGCAGUUUCUGUACCUGCUCGGCACACUUUAAAGUGGACACGUGCACAAGCCAGCGACUGAUUUUGUUCCACUAGACUGAAGAUGUUGCUCUUUCUGGGGCAUUUAUUGUGUGACAGCUGAAGCCAUGAAGACUCCCUCGAAAGGCAAAAAACAACUCCCUUUGGCUCCUUACUGAAGACACUGUUUUUUUCUUGUUUUCUUUGACUGCACCUCCAUUUUGCUUUUAUGGGUUUUAGACUUUGUUUUAGUUACACUUUGGAUUGUAAAAUCUAUUUUUUGUAAUGUAUUUAGAAUGGUUUUAUAUGCUGCUGAAUGGGAAAUCCUUGUCAUGUUUUUAGAACAAGGACUUUUUCCUCCAACUUUUUAAAACCAUUAAAGCCUUAUGUUGUUGAAUUCUGCAGAAUACAAUUAUUUCAACACA